AGAUACAAAAGUGAACAAUCAUCUGAGUCAUGUGGACAAGUGGUGAAUGAGUUUUUGCAGUUUUAAAACCUGCUUUGAGCAUAUUCACCUCAGGUAUUUAGUCAGUUUGUCUUGUCAUCUGCCAUUAACCUCACUUAUUGUCAGUGAAAGCCAAGAUUCAGGUGAAGGUGCAACAGUCAGUCACGUGUUUCACCUCUGGUAUAGUGCUGGGCCCCUGUUAAAUAUCAACGCAAGCACUCAGAAAAACAAGCCACAAAGUAUUGAUCAGUCAGGCAGACUAUAUUAGUGUGAUCUGUUCACCAGUGAGGAGACGCGCAGAAGACAGAGUGCAGACGACAUGAUGGAGAUUUCUACCACACUGAUCUUAGCAGGACUCAUCAUGGUUCUGUUGUUUCUGGUUAGUUUGAAGACAAGCAAGAAGUACAAUCUGCCUCCAGGGCCAACUGGAUUUCCUCUCAUUGGAAAUCUGCCACAGCUGGACAAACACAAACCUUUCAAAAGCAUCCUCAAGCUCAGUGAAACCUAUGGAUCUGUGAUGACCAUCUACCUCGGUUGGCAGCGGGUGGUGUUUCUUGUAGGAUCUGAAACAGUGAAGGAGGCCAUUGUGGACCAGCCAGAUGACUUCAGCGGCAGAAUGCCUCUUCCAUUUGUGUACAAAGCGACUCGCGGCUAUGGUUUGGGGAUCAGUAAUGGAGAGCGUUGGCGCCAGUUGCGUCGUUUCACCCUAUCCACACUCAGAGACUUUGGGAUGGGACGGAAGAGGAUGGAAGAGUGGAUCCAGGAAGAGAGCCACCACCUGGUGGCUCGUAUGGCUACUUAUAAAGGAAAAAGUUUUGAUCCCAGCAACAUGUUGAGCUGCACUGUGUCCAAUGUGAUUUGCUGUAUGGUGUUUGGUGAACGCUUCAGCUACGACGACAAGCAGUUUGUGCGCCUCCUCAACAUACUCACAGAAAUUCUCAAGUUUGGAAGCAGCCCUCUGGGUCAGAUAUACAAUAUCUUUCCCUGGCUGUUAGAAUACCUGCCUGGCCACCAGCAAACUGUUUUUGCCAUGUUGGAGGAGGUGCGAGCAUUUAUUAAGGUCAAGAUCCAAGAGCACAAAAACACUUUAGACUCAACCUCUCCAAGAGACUACAUUGACUGUUUCCUCAUCCGUAUGAAUCAGGAAAAGGACAAUCCAUCAACUGAGUUCCACUAUGAGAACUUGUUAUCUACAGUGAUGAACCUCUUCCUUGCAGGAACUGAAACCACAAGUUCAACCAUCAGAUAUGCCCUCAGUGUGCUGAUCAAAUACCCCGAGUUACAGGCGAAAAUACAGAAAGAGAUUGAUACUGUUAUUGGACAACAGCAUUGUCCCAAAAUGGAGGACAGGAAGUCCCUGCCCUACACAGAUGCAGCAAUCCAUGAGGUGCAACGUUUUUUGGACAUUGUCCCCUUUGGCCUUCCCCGCUACGCACUCCACGACAUCUCCUUCAAAGGUUUCACAAUCCCCAAGAACACUGUGAUUAUUCCCAUGUUACACUCUGUCCUGAAAGACAAGUGUCAGUGGGAAGCUCCAUUCUCCUAUAACCCCCAGCACUUCCUUGACCAAAACGGAAACUUUAAGAAGAAUCCAGCAUUCAUGCCAUUUUCUGCAGGAAAGAGAUCCUGUGUUGGAGAAUCUCUGGCUCGUAUGGAGCUUUUUAUCUUUCUGGUUGCACUGCUGCAGCACUUCACCUUUUCUUGCUCCGGAGGUCCCGACAGCAUCAGUCUCAUGCCAGCGUACAGCAGCUUUGCUAAUGUGCCGCGCAGAUAUGAGUUACUAGCCACGCCCCGAUGAACUGAACAUCUGGAACUU